AUGAGUGACAGGAGGCGAUCCGCCGCAGUUCUGAGCUCUAGGGCGCACGCCUUUUCGGUGGAGGCUUUGAUCGGGACGAACAAAAAGCGGAAACUACGCGGCUGGGAGGAAAAAGAGCUGGAAUUGUCAAUGGAAAGCCUCGCGAACAACGGACACGUAGGAGACGAGGACACGGCGCACUGUCUGGACAUUGACCCCGAUUCGGAGACCAGUCCCGGCUCAGACGGCGAAGGUUUGGCCGGAAGGACGUCCUGCCCGUUCGGCUCCCCCAUAGACCUGCCCCCGACCCCCUGCGACCCCUCACCCCCCUCCUCAAUGGAGGAAAUCCAGGUGGAGCUGCAAUGCGCCGACCUCUGGAAGCGGUUCCACGACAUCGGCACGGAGAUGAUCAUCACCAAGGCCGGCAGGAGGAUGUUUCCUGCAAUGAGAGUGAAGAUUCUGGGUUUGGAUCCACGUCAGCAGUACUACAUUUCUAUGGAUAUAGUGCCUGUGGACAGCAAGAGAUACAGGUACGUCUAUCAUAGCUCCAAGUGGAUGGUGGCGGGGAACGCCGACUCCCCCGUCCCCCCACGUGUGUACAUCCACCCCGACUCGCUGGCCUCCGGGGACACCUGGAUGAGACAGGUGGUCAGCUUUGACAAGCUGAAACUCACCAACAAUGAGCUGGACGACCAGGGACAUAUCAUCCUGCACUCCAUGCAUAAGUAUCAGCCACGCGUGCAUGUGAUCCGGAAGGACUUCAGCAGCGACCUCUCGCCCACCAAGCCUGUGCCCAGCGGAGAUGGGGUUCGGACCUUCAGCUUCCCUGAGACUGUCUUCACCACCGUCACCGCCUAUCAGAACCAGCAGAUCACACGGCUAAAAAUCGACCGGAAUCCAUUUGCAAAAGGAUUUCGUGACUCUGGGAGGAAUAGGACUGGUCUGGAGGCGAUCAUGGAGACCUAUGCCUUCUGGAGACCCCCAGUCCGCACACUCACGUUUGAGGACUUCAGCAGCAUGCAGAAACAGCAAGGUGGAAGCACAGGUACCUCCCCCAGCACCUCCAACACGGGGACACCCUCCCCCUCUGGCCCCGCCCACAUCUUGUCCCCCUCCUGCUCCCCGCCCACCUUCCACCUGUCCUCCGGCUCAUUCGGCGUGGGCUGCAGGGAGAGCCAGCUGUGCACCCUGUCUGAGUACCCGCCCUGCGCCCGGGCCAACGUCGCUGCUCUGCAGGGCUACAGCGGGCUGGCUGACUGCUCCUACAGCCGGCUGCAGACAGGGGGUGCCGCGGGCUCCGCCCAGCCCUCUGACUCUUUCCUGCCCCAGAGGACUUCCUCCCUGAUCGCCGCGGGGAUGCACGCUGGUGCCCACGCCUCUCUGGCCAACGGCAGCGGCGGCCAGCAGGGGUCCUUCUCCUCCCCACAGCUCCAGUAUGUGAUGCAGGCUGGAGGUGGCUCCGCCCAUGGCUCCACCUCUGGCCCCACCUCCAGCUCAUCUGGCUCCUCCCCCGCAGCCCACAUGUUCACCGGGGGCCACCACCUCCAGCAGGGGUCAUACAACGCCUUCUCCCUGCACAACCCCUACGGCCUUUACAGAUACUCCUUCCCCACCUCCCCCCGACUGGCCGCCACACCAGAGAAGCUCACAGCCGCCCAGGGGGGCCUGCUCUGCUCCCCGUCUCCUGGCGGGGCCUUUGCCGAGUGCCAGUACCUGUCCAAUGCGAUGGAUGGUGUGCACAUGAGCAGCACUUCCUCCAGCAGCCAGCAGGGGGCAGUGGCAUGUGACGGGCGGCAGUACGGAGCUUCCUCUCAGAUGUCAGUGCACAUGGUGUGA